GAAUAAAAAAUCUAACCUUCUGAAUCCAGACAAUUUAGAAUCCGAGUGGACAACGGCAGAGCCAAAUUUCAGGAGAUAUGACACUGUACCUGGAAAUGAAGGUGAGGUUGCAUAUCAAACCUUAUAGAAGGUACUUUAUCUAUUCUAUAAACUGUAUUUUAACGUCCUUUGUUUCUGUAACAGGUUUCAGUCACAGUACCUUUACACCAGAACUGGAGAAUGUGGAUACCUCUACGAAG